AAACACUGAAUCAAACUAACAAUGGCUUGUGUCAGUCUUGUUUCUCUUGCUCUCUUCUUACUUGCCACUUCAUUUGUGUUUGCAGGGAAGGAGAGUGAAGCGGGAGCUUGUGCGCGUACAUCGUGUUCACAGUCUGCAGAUUGCGGCUCUGGAUGCAUUUGUCUCGUGGGUCCCCCGAUUCCGUAUCCAUUUCCACGUGACAUAGGUGUGUGUAUCGGUGGAGUUGCAUCUGUUGCGAACAUGAUAGAAGAACAUCCCAACUUAUGUCGCUCUGAUGAUGAAUGCAUCAAGAAAGGAACCGGAAACUUUUGUGUUCGUUACUCUGAUCGUUAUGCCGAUUAUGGCUGGUGUUUUCACUCUCUUUCUGAAUCCCUAAAAGGCUUCUUGAAGAUGCCUACCAAAAUUCUCAAAUGAUACAUUGUUUUCUCGAUGAUAAUACGGAAACGAAGCUAAAUUCAAGUUUUUUACUGCUUUUUUUAGAAGUAUUUGUGAUCCAUUUACUACUUUGAAUAUAAGAGAUGAAAUAAGAAGAAAAAAAAAAUGAAAAAUAUGGUAUUUGAAUUUAGCGCAGUCAAAGUAGUGAUUUAAAAUGUGAAAAUGAUAGAGAUAUGGAUAAUGUCUUUUGAGAUAUUGUUAAUAUCUUCUGUCACUUAUUAUAUUUAUGGUUUUCUGUUUUCUGUUGCUUAUGUUUUAUUAUUA